AUGGUGGUGUUGUUAGCCCUCUCCCUACUGCCUUUAUUGGUGUCAGUGUCCUGUGUGUCCGACUACCACGACCCCCACUGUGCCGGGAGACAGGUGAUCGUACAUCUGUUUGAGUGGAAGUGGACGGACAUUGCAAUGGAGUGUGAGCGCUACCUGGGGCCGAAGGGAUUCUGUGGUGUGCAGGUCAAUUUCAAUGACAGAAGCAAAUGUCCCUCCCACGAUGGUAACAUCAACAAUUACGGAGACCCGCACAACGUCCGCGACUGUAACCUGGUGGGUCUGACCGACCUGGACGGCUCUCAGGGCUAUGUCCAGGACAAGAUCGCCGGCUACUUCAACCAGCUGAUUGACCUGGGAGUGGCGGGGUUCCGGGUGGACGCGGCAAAACACAUGUGGCCCCAGGACAUCACAGCCAUGCAGGCCAAGACCAAGGACCUACCAGAAGGUGGACGACCUUUCUUCUUCCUGGAGGUCAUUGACCGGAACGACGGUGCCGUCAAGGUCAAUGAGUACUUCACGAAUGGUUACGUCACUGAGUUUCGCUACAGCCAGAAGGUCAAGGAGGGGGCCAAUGACCUUGGCCGACUGGCCGGCGUGUACGACCCAGGCUGGGGGAUGGCGCCACCUGACCAGGCUCUGGUGUUUGUGGACAACCACGACUCACAGAGGGGGGCAGACACGCUCACCUACAAGGUCCGCCGGAGUUUUUAG